AAUAAUAAGAAAUUUUUUCUUUUCGCAGAAUUGCAUGUCAAGUGUAUAAUUUUCGUUUUCCUUCUCCCGCGCAUCUGCGCAAAUCAAAUUGCAUUUUUCUCCGUGCACUCAAGCAAGAAAGCAACAUGGACGUUCUCACCCGCGCAUUUUACAGAUAAGCACUUGUAUCUGUGACAGUGUAUACGAAAUAUCGUCCUGAAUCGCUUGAAUCGAAGACGUGGAUUGACGUGUCGCAAAUAGGAAUUACGUGGAAAGUUGAUCGCGUAGAGAUACGCGAAACGAGCGAAAGAAAGCGGUGAGCGCAGAGUCACGUUGACGCAACCUAACCUCGCAAGUGUCAAUCACGUUACGCUCGUCGACUGUGCGACCGAGCGUAUCGCACGUAAGAUUAACGAAAAGGAGAGAUUCUUCACGUACGAGAGAUCCCGCUCGUACGCACGCCCUUCCCCGUGUGUGUUCUAUCGCGCCGAUAACCGAUGUCCGCUGGCAUGUUCCGCACGACGACAACGAGGCCGUUCAACCUGCGACAUAUCCUCGCGCUCAACAAACUUUACGCACAUUGUUGGAGACAGAAUAGAGUGAAAUAGUGUUUACUGCAACUGGCAUAUACGUGAGUGCGAAUCGGUUCGAUUAACUUAUUUUUUAUAGAUAGUUUAUUCCAUAUAUAUAUAUAAAUAUAGAUUAUUGUAUGUAUAUUGUACGCCACGUGCGCCAGUCGCUCACUGUUUAUUGUUAACGCAAUCUUGAUUAUCAAUCAUCGCGUAUAACGCAGAAGUGUAUAUAUUUGUACAUACACUGCUUAGCAUUUCGCAUUUUACUUUAUUAUUUAGCUAACAAUGCGUCUUAUCAGUGCUGAAAAACUAAGCAAAAUUCAAAGCGACGCCACACGUAUCAGAAACAUAUGUAUUCUGGCACAUGUGGAUCAUGGGAAAACUACCCUAGCGGAUUCUCUUGUUGCGAGCAAUGGCAUCAUUUCUAACAAAUUGGCUGGCAAGCUGCGAUAUCUGGACAGCAGAGAGGAUGAACAGUUACGCGGGAUCACAAUGAAAUCCAGCUCCAUCACGCUGUAUCACUUACACAACGAAGCAGACUAUGUGAUAAAUUUGAUUGAUUCACCAGGCCAUGUAGAUUUCUCCUCUGAGGUGUCGACUGCCGUCAGACUCUCCGAUGGAGCGAUAAUUUUAGUUGAUGUGGUGGAAGGUGUAUGUCCUCAGACACGUAGCGCCCUAUCAAUAUCUUAUGUGGAGGGAUUGAAACCUAUUUUAGUACUUAAUAAAAUUGACAGAUUGAUCACGGAAAUGAAAUUGACGCCGUUGGAUGCCUACGUUCGUUUAACGCAAGUCUUGGAACAAGUAAAUGCCAUCACGGGCGAGUUAUUUGCGAGCGACGUGAUGGAACGCGAAGAUCGAGAGGAAACAGUCACAAUUACAGCGGACAAGGCAAAUAAGAGAGACCUGGCUGAUUGGCAGUCGGUGUUGGAAGAGAUAGACGAUUCGAAUUUAUAUUUUUCUCCGGAACAAGGAAACGUUCUUUUCACUAGCGCAAUCGACGGCUGGGGCUUUGGUAUAAAGGAAUUUGCUAAAAUCUAUUCGAACAAGCUGGGAUUCAGCGAGAAGGUGCUGCGUAAAACAUUGUGGGGGGACUUUUAUAUAAACAAUAAGACAAAGAGGAUCAUGAAGGGUGCUCAAGAGAAGGCCAAGAAGCCACUUUUUGUACAAUUAAUUUUAGAAAAUAUUUGGGUAUUAUACGAGACCAUAGUGGUACGAAAAGAUAAGGAAAAAUUACCGAUUAUGGCUGAGAAGUUAAAUAUCAAAUUAACAACGCGAGACUUGAGACACACCGAUUCGAAAGCACAGUUACAGGCCGUUUGCUCGCAGUGGCUUCCGUUAGCGCAAACUUGUCUGGAUAUGGUAUGCGAAAAGGUACCGGCGCCGCAUAAUUUGACUGACGAAAAAAUCGAACGAUUGAUAAGCGGAAAUAACGACUUCUCUGCUUUACCUCCCGAAACGCAGCGACUGAAAGCGGCGUUCUUGGCGUGCGACCCGUCGCCGGACGUACCGAUUAUAGUAUUUAUAUCGAAAAUGUUUCCAGCGGAGAAAGACAUGUUGCCUGAGAAUAGACCGAAAUCCUUAACAUCCGAGGAACUGGCGCAGAGAAGAGAAGUCGUUCGACAGAAGCAUGCGGAGCACUUGCAGAAAAUCAUCGAGAAUCACGAGGUGAACACGUGCGAUAUGAUUGAUAACGACCUCAAUAACGACGAAGAUGUGAAGCACGAGGACGUCGACGACGACGAGUCGGACGGCACAUUAAUAGCCAUCGCCAGGGUGUAUUCGGGAACUUUGAAAACCGGAGACGAGGUGUUCGUUUUAGGGCCGAAGCACAAUCCUGCCGUCGCCUUGGAACGCGAGAAGGCGGGCGAGGAGGUGGAUCCGUCGAUCGUGCUUAAGGACUUGAAACCCGGCAGACACAUCACGAGGGUGACCGUCGACAAACUGUACAUUCUCAUGGGACGAGAGCUCGAAGCCGUGAGCGAAGUGCCGGCGGGUAAUGUCUUCGGCAUAGGCCGUCUGGAGGAGCACGUGCUGAAGACCGCGACUCUCUCCACGACAAUCGCCUGUCCCUCGUUCACGGAACUGACCUCUCUCGCGGUUCCCAUCCUAAGGGUGGCGCUAGAACCGAAACAUCCGAACGAAUUACCGAAGCUGAUCAACGGUCUGAAACUGUUGAACCAAGCGGACGCCUGCGCCAUCGUUCACAUACAAGAGAACGGCGAAGUCGUCUUGAGCACCGCCGGCGAAAUACAUCUGGAGAGAUGCCUGGAGGACCUGAAGCUGCGUUACGCAAAGGUCGACGUCAACGUGUCGGAGCCGAUCGUGCCGUUCCGCGAGACCAUAGUGCCGCCUCCGAAGCUUGACAUGGUGAACGAGGCGAUCGAGAAGAAAGCGGAAGGCGCCAGCCUCGAGAUCUGGACGUCGAAUCGGCAAUGCCGCUUCGAGAUCGACGCGCAACCGCUACCUGAAAAAGUCACGAAAUUACUGGAGGAGAAUGCGAACUUGAUAAAACUGUUGGACAGCUGCUGCGACAGAUGUACGGAGGAAAAUGGGGAGCACGAGGAUUUUUCUGCUGAGAAUCAACUGAACGAAAGAUCCAUGUCCGACAAGAAGCUGAAGGAAGCAAAAGUAUUUAAAAGCGAAUUGGAAGCGGCUUUCGUCGAGGCGGGAUGGAAGGAGAAUACAUUGGAUCAAAUAUGGUCUUUCGGACCUCGCAAGUGCGGACCUAAUAUUUUGUUGAACAAGACUGACUACGAGCAGAAGAAGUUUUGGGAACAGCAAGACGUAACCGACGAUUCUCGUACGAUAUAUGACAACAGCAUAGUCAAUGGAUUUCAGCUUGCUACUCUGGCUGGUCCGUUGUGCGAGGAGCCUAUGAUGGGCGUCUGCUUUGUUUUGAAGAAGUGGGAAAUCUUUGACGCUCCACGAAGUGACUCCGGUAGCCAGAGCCAUGGACAUUUAGGCGGUCAAUUGAUGUCGGCGUGUAAAGAGGCUUGUCGGCGGAUCUUCAGCCUGCGACAUCCCCGAUUGAUGACGGCGAUGUACAGCUGUAGCGUUUUAGUCAACUCCGACGUUCUCGGGAAAUUGUACGCUGUAUUCGGCAAACGGCAAGGACGCAUUGUAUCCACGGAAAACGCUCACGGCUUCGGUGGCCAAUUCAGAGUGCUGGCCACCCUACCGGUUCUGGAGAGUUUCCACCUUGCCAGAGAACUGCGGACGCAAACGUCCGGAUUAGCCAGUCCGCAGCUAGUUUUUAGUCAUUGGGAGAUAAUCGAGCAAGAUCCUUACUGGGUUCCGUCCACAGAAGAGGAAUAUCUUCAUUUUGGCGAGAAAGCAGAUAGCCAUAAUCGAGCUAAAUGCUACAUGGACGCGGUUCGUCGUAGGAAAGGUCUUCCUGUGGACUCCCAAUUAGUUACACACGGCGAAAAGCAACGCACUCUUUCAAAAAAUAAGUGACGCGAGAUCUUUUUGUUGUACGGAUUAUGUAAAAGUGCAUUUAUUCAAACUCUAGCCCUUGUCGUGGACUUGAUUAUCUCAUAUCCGUCAAAUUUUCUAUCUACAAAAGUGCAAUUAGCGAUUCAAUAUAUGAACAGAAAAAGGAUUGUUCUUCAUUCCAUACAUUGUAAAACGAAAUUAAAUAUUAAUUAUUAACUGAAUUUUGUAAAUGACUAAGAUUUAUACAUGUGCCGUGUAUUGUGAAAGCAAUCUGAGUCAAAAAUUAAAAAAAAAAUUGACUAUCACUUAUUUUGUGUUAUAUUAAUCUUGAAAUAUCUCGAAAAAUCAUCAAAAUUUUUUACUUAGACCACUUUCAUAAUCAGCGGCACAUAUCUUAUUUACUUGAUGAUUUUAAACUGUCUUAUUUGUUUAACUAAAUAUUUCCAAAUCAGUUAUGCAACAAUUUUUUGCACAAAACGCGGGAUACUUACGUACGAAUGAAAAUGUAUGAUGACACAAUUGCAUUUUAUUUAACAAAACUACAGACUGUUUAGCGAAAGAAACUACAAAUUAUAACAUUAUUACAACAUUUGCAUAAAUGUUAUUUACAUUAAAAAAAUAUUAAACCUAAAGAUAAAUGUACAUAUGUAUAUCUUUUUGUCAAAACAAUGUUACGAACAUACGCCAUAAGUUUGCAACGCACUUUGCAUAAAAGUGUUUCAUUAAUUUGUAAGUUUCUUGUUCCAUGUAUUAUAUAUAUAUACUGUUACGCCUAAUCAUCCGUAAAUACAAUCUUUUUGCCUUGGAA